GCGAUUUCAAUUCAUCAAAUUUUCGUGUAUUAAGCAUAAAAAAAAACAUUAGUUAGCAAAUUAUGGGCGCAAUGUAAUUCCGAUCCAGUAGGUGGCGCUUUGAAACCAAGUUCCCUUCGCGUUUCUACGUCCUCAGCGAGGAAGACACGUGGGAAAACCUCAGCGCGCAUGCGCGGACAGGCUGCAGCAGUGGGCACUGGGCAGUAGCAGUGACUAGACAAGCGCUUAAUCGACACAACUAGAGCACAGGUGCCGAAUAUCCCACCAAAAUGCUAUUUUAAACAAUCGCGCGUCUCAUCCCGAAGCCAGAGAUGUGAUGAGGAGCGAGAGUCCAAUGUUACAUUAGUCUCAGCGUGACAUGCUGGCCUGUCUGCCGGUAUCAGACCCCUCCCACCAGCUUCUCUCUCACAUGCAGAUGAACACUGGACUUCAGAAAUGGGACACUACACAGAGGAGAAGAUCACCACACUAUCCUACCCCAGCAGAAUUGGAUGCCUAUGCUAAGAAAGUUGCCAAUAAUCCACUGACUAUAAAAAUCUUCCCAAACAGCGUUAAAGUACCUCAGAGAAAGCAUAUCCGCCGCACCGUGAACGGUCUCGACACCUCCAGCCAGCGCUACAGCCCCUACCCGCCUCAGGUGAACACACGUACGGGCCUCUUGGCCAUCGUCAAAGUCCCCUUCAAAGGGAUUCUCAAGGACAUCGAAGGCGGCCGAGCCCGUUUUCUCCCCAAGCUCAUCAUGAACCCGCACGGCGGGCUUUAUGCUAAUUCCAGCACUUUAAACGUUCCUCACACUGUUCCACACCUUCAGACUCUGCCUCAGUCGCAGGCGCCUUUAGGCCAGAAGAACCUUGCUCACUCUCAGGCCUUGCAGGCGCACUCGCAAUCCCUGCAGCAGCAGAAGACCAGUUUACAACCGCAGCAGAGCCUGGCCCAUCAGGAGGCCUUGCAUCAGAGCCAGACUCACCACUCCCUAAACCACCAACAGACUCGCAUGCAGCAGCAACAGCAGCUGCCAGGUCCGCAGGGACUCGGGCAUCUGCCUGAUAUGGCGCGGUCGGUCAACCUGCUGCACUCCCAGGGGUUCUCUCAAUCCCAACCCAUGCCACAGGCUACAUGUGCCGGUCCUCCGACCCCUGGGGUUUUGCAGCCGCCCCUAGCAGGCCUUCAGAUUCCACGCAAACUACCUGAUGCCGACGCCCCUCCCAAUGUGACUGUGUCUACCUCAACCAUUCCGCUGUCCAUGGCUGCCAGCCUGCACCAGAACCGGCCCAGUGACCUGAGCAGCAUCGUCAAUCAGAUUAACCAAUUCUGCCAGGCUCGGGCUGGCAUGGGCUCUACCUCCGUGUGCGAAGGACAGAUUGCCAACCCCAGCCCUAUUAGCCGUAACCAGCUCAUCAACGCGAGCUCUCGGGUGUGCACCCAUAACCCCGUCGCGGGCCCUCCGCCAUCUUGCUUUCAUGGCAACUCCAAUAAUGCCGGUCCAACCCCUGGGUUAUCGCUGCCUGACAUCGCUGCGUUGAAUCGAAUGCCAAUCUACCACAAUGACAUGAAGCAGCACUCUCAGCCCCAGUUACCCCAGCAACAUCGCCAACAGGGCACUUGGGGCCAGCAUCAGCUGGCGCACCUUCAACAUCUGGCGGAGGGGUCCCAUCAGCCCAAGAGAGAGGGCCUGGUCGGGCCCGGGUUCCUCCCGAAGGGCAUGAACUACCCGCAGGACGUGUGCAUGGGUCAACCUUUCAACUUGAAGCCCCCUACCGACAAACCGACGCCGUCUCCUCCGGUCAACGGUAUGCCGGGGGCCUUGAGUUAUAGUAAUGGUCAUUACAUGCAGCCUCCUUGGAACAGCAUCUUGCCCACACCGAACAGUGACAGCUCAGGGUCUCAAGACCUGGCGGGUCCGUUCCGUGGGGGGCUCUCAGGGGCCUCAAUAGACUGCACCCCUGGGGCUCAGUACCGGUCCGGGGCUUCCAUGUCCAGUCAGACCAACCUGAUGCAGGGCAUGGAGUACAUGGGAGGUGACUUCCAGCCACCAUGUUUCCGAGCGCAGAAUCCAGGCACAAUGGCAAAGAUGCACAGAGCCUCAGUCAGCAGGGCCUCAGAUUCAGGUGAUAAUAGAAAUGUGCACAUUCAUCACCCAGGUUACAGAUGAGCUGUUAAUGCUACCAUUAGUCUGUGUUAGUUCAGGUGUGACCCGCCCCCCCCCUUUGCAUUUUGUUCUCGGAGUGAUCUACUGAAUGUUUCCUGUAUGAUGAUGAUUUAUGUGACAACCACAAACUGAACCCCUAUUGUACACCACGUAUCCAUGUGCCACUUUACGAUUUUUAUUUUUUUAUUUUACUAGUUAAGAUUUAAAUGAGUAGCUGUUAAAAUGUAGGCAUGUAUUUCAUUUUUCCUCCACCAAACAGCCAUAAGAGCGUCAGUUUGUGAGAUCAUCACUGUUCUUUAGACAGUCCAAUCUGCUCUUUAUAAUAAGAACUGAAAUGAUCGCGUGACGCAUUAGGUUCCUUUCUUUUUUUUGGUUCCACAUUUAUGAAAUAUCUAAGAAUUCUCUGCAAAUGUCGUUUGUGUGUAGUUUAGGCCUACUUGAGAUUUAAAGUACUAACUCUUAACAGAUUUCUGGAGACGUUUAAGGGGUGCCAAAAUACUGAAACAUCUGGCUGUUUGUUCCAUUUAAGCUAACAGCGUACAUGUACAAUGUAUAGAGGUUGAUUUGACGAUUUUCUUUCCUCUCAAUGUUUACAUAUUGUGCUUUUGUAACUAAUUCUGAAUCGAUAUGAAAGUGCAAAAUUGAUACUGGGAUAUGCACAUAUGACAAGACUGUUUCUUUUGUCAGACUGUUGAACAUUAAUCAGGUUAAAGUCUUAGAUGGAGUUGUCACACUGUGGCUGUCAAGCCGCGUCGUGUAAAACGUUGAUUUUUCCCUCGAAGGGUCAUCUAACGCUCUAUCCUUUGCUUUCGUUUAUUUGUUUUUCAAUAUCCUAUUAGGGUUCAGACAGAAAUUGCUUCGGGACUUGUGCUGUGCCCUAAUAGCAUUGCUUAGAAUUUUAUUUUCUCUCAAUUUAAUUGUAACUACUUGAAUUUCAUUAAAGGCGAUGCUGGCAGGCUUCUUACGGUGGACCAAUGUUUAACAGACGACCCAAAUUUUAUUUUAUUGUCCACAUUUGUUUGUUUGGUGGUAAAGAUGUCCUUGACCAUAAUUGGAUGAUGAAAUGGUGUUGGCGUAAGCGCAAUAUAUAUGAGCACCACGGGUUGGCCUGUGGCUUCACUGCUGUGCUACUGUAACUAAGAGGUGCGAUUAGCCUGUGUGACGGCGUGUGUGCUGGGCCGGAUCGGCUCCCUGCUUUUGCUCCAUCAUUAACACCAUACUGCUCUUCCCUGGCGAGAUCACUUCCAUCUCCGUCACACGCUGUUGUCUGUCAACUGAACCCUACCAAUGUAUUUUCCACCCACUGCAGGUUCUUGAUGUGUCAUGUUCACAUUUAUCUAAAAUAGCUGAAAUUUACCGCCAGUGACUUUGUGGCUUAAGUAACCUUAACAAAAUAGGUUUUUUAAAGCAAUAGUUGACCCAAAAGUGAAAUGAAAAUAUUUCAAUUGCCCUCACGUUUUGGUGAAUCCAUAUGCUGUGACAACACAAGUCAUUUUUUUAAACCGUAUGCUUUUUCAUACAGUGACAAUUUGCAGUGAUUGUUUUUCAUCAAAAUGCAUUGUUGACAAUAUUACUGUUCCUUUUUCAGUAUGUUAGCUUUGUGUAAGGAGAAGAUCGAAAUGUAAGUUAUUAUUCAUUACGUUUUUCCUAUAGUUGGUGUUUGCGUGCAGAAUUAAAAAAAAAGUUGCAUCUUAGUAGGUCGUAAACAGAUGAAAACCGAUAAGACUUUGAAAGGAAAUGAUGUUCAAUGUUAAAUGAGCUUCUUCAGUUAUUAUCUUAAAAGCACCUAGUCAGAAGACCGUCAAGUUUCGUAAAACAAUUCUUCACAAAUUUCGUAACAGCAUAUGGAUUGAAACAACAUACGGGUUAAUAAACAAUGCCAGAAAUACAUUUUAUUUUGUUACAUUGUAUCCAUUCAACCUCUGUGGAUGAUACAUCCCAUGCUCCACAGUUUAACUCCCGUGAAGAGUUUCUCUCUUUCUCAGGUCUACCUGUGCCUCUUCUCUUAUUCCCCUCGACUCAAACCCUUAUAGGCAUUGAACAAGUCUAUCCACCUUUAACAGUGCAGGUCAUCUCUCAGUGGAGCAUGUAUAUUGUCAGACUCUGGUGUAACAGGUGGAGCAACUGCAGAUGAGCAAACCGGUUGAGCUGUGACACCCGGUAUCGUAACCUCCCUGUUUGCCCCUCAAAAGCCUUAACUGUUUGAUCCUUGAAUUGUCCUUGACUAUAGGCAUGGUGUAGAAUAUACAUUAAUAUUUAGCUACAUUUGUUAUUUGUGAUACUGUAAACCGGGAGAUCAGACUCCCGAAAGGAUGAUUUUUUUAUUUGUAUUUAGAAUUUUAAUGUAUGUGUAGUACUGGGCUGUAACAAUUGUCACAUUCAGACUGUCUAGUUAUAUUUUCCAAAACGUGUAUCUUUGUUUGCAGCAAAACAUUUUGAAGUCUUAGAUUUUAUGUCAUGGGAAAACAGCUCAUGCGGCACAUUAAACAAAAACGCGUAUGUUAUAUGACUGGGCUGAACGGCACAGACCUGCGGUUUUCUAUAGGAGUAGGCCUAGUUUUCACUUUUUGUCACUAUACUUUGCCCACGAAGCUGCUAUUUUUAUUCCGACUACAAAGUUAUUUCUUAUAAGUGUUGUGAGGAUAGAGUUGAGAUCUAAUUUAUAUUAUGCCUUUUUUGCAAUGCAAUAUUGUUAAUAGCAUCAGCGGACGUAAUAAAUUAUUCCAUUCGCCUGUGUCGUUGUGAAGAUUGAACGUUUCGACUUCCUGCAUUUCUUUCGUUCCUCAUUUCAUGCCUUGUUACAGCUCAAGAGUACAAAGUCAGGUUACUCGUUUAAUAGUUACUUUCUCUAUGUGAAGUGCCUCCUCUGGGCUGAUGUGGGCCGCUUGUAUAUGACCGUCGGGACGGAAAAUGGACCGACGCUAGUGCACGUUCUACAGAUGUAGUUCACUGCUCACGAACGAGGGACCUAUCUACUUUAAAACUACUGAUAUCGUUAAAAAAAACACAUAAAUAUGAACACAACGUGCUGCUCCAGGUGAAAGAUUUGUUUGGAUGAGAAUAGUUGCUGCUGAUUCACUAGUUUAGGUGGCGAGAGCUACGCUGCUUAACUCCCUAGUGUCCUUGAAACAUUCUAAGGAAUGCUCUAGAAAGGUCUUUUGUCUUUUGGAGCACAUGCACUCCUGCCCCCAUCACCCCAUGCUCCCCUCUCCCUUCUGAAAACAACACAAUGGUAGUUUGAAACUACGGGAGUGCGCGUUAUGAGGAGUUGAGUGUGUUUCAUCUUGUUCCACCAAAGAACAAAAUGUUACUUGAAUGGUAGCAGUGUGCACCUGUUUCGUGUAACUGAAAACUGUCAUUCCAGAUACGCAUUUUUCAGGAACGUGUUGCACAAACAUUCCCCUCUAACCAAAAUAAAGUUUGAAUUGCA